UUUUUUUGUGCUUUUAGCAACAAAAUUGACAGCCUGACAGGAUUGAAGAUUCUAUUUCUAGGAUAAAUUUGUGUUGCGGCUUGCACUGAAAGGGAAACUUGCAAGAAGUGGGUGGAAUUAUUUGUGCUUUGCGAAAAUAGAGAAGCAAAAGAGAGGAGAGUGUACAACAAUAAACCAGGAUAAAACAUGAAGGAGUUUGAAGAAAUUUUAUAGAAAAAUCAUCGUUCGUUUUCGGCCGUCGGCAUGGCGAAAGACUCUUCUCAGGAAAGCAGGACGAGGACCACAUCUCGGCCGAAUGACUGCAAAGGAAAAAAACUUUUGGAGGAGCCGACAGCAGUAGAUGAGGGAGCUGGGAAAAGUACCAAUAAUUCAGACAAAGGCGGACAUUCACCAAACACUCUGAAUUGCGACGAUGCUCAUCCAAUCAAAGACCAUGAGGAACGCAAAGUGCGGAAGAGGAGAGACUCGGACGAACGGUUUUACCAAGCCCCAGGGUACAGAAGAGGGUCCACCUCGCCUCUCAGUGAAGCCCUUCUUUCGCAUGACAGCUCCUCUGGGGAUGACAAAAAGCUGCCCAAGAAGAAGAUUGAAAAACCCUCUCGUAAAAGCUGUCCUGCGAUCAUGGAAAAGGAAGGUGACGAGCAGAUGCCACCGAGCAACACUGCUCCAAAACAAAAGUUGACUCCGCAACCUCAGAGGAAUUUGGCCAGAGGUACCAGAAGCAGUUUGCCUCCAAAGGUUGAAGAAGCAAGCCCUAAAUCUGCCGAAAAGACUAAAAGCGCUGACAAAGAGGAGUUGGUGGAGGAAAAGAAGCAACCAAGUGCUUCGAAGAAGCCACAGAGCAGUGCCAAGAGAAAGAUAAACCUGAAAAGGUCAAGUGAGCCGGUUGAGCAAAAGAACCCUGAACCAGCGCAGAAAGAAAAGGUUCCUGGCAGUGCUGGAAAGACUGAAAUCUCUGGUAACAAAGAAGAGUUAGUAGACAAGAAACCGAGUUCUGUGCCAAAGAAAAAGGUUACUCUGAAGAGGUCGGAAAAGGUGAAAAGUGAGCCUGUCGAAGAAAGGAGACCUGAACCUGUACAAAAAGAAGCCCCUGAGCAGAAGGAAAAAGUUACUGGGAAUGCAGAGAAGACUGAAUUCACAACAAAAGUGGAGGUGGUAGACACAAAACACAGUCCUUCGAAAAAGCAGCAAAACAGUCCGAAGAAAAAGGUAAUUCGGAAGAGAUCAGAUGUAACAAAGAGUGAGCCAGUCAAAGAAAAAAACCCUGAGCCGGAGCAGAAAGAGCGAGUUGCAGAGCAAAAAGCUACCAUCGAACCUGCAUUGAGUGUUGUCGAUGAUGAUUCCCUGGCGAGCAUUCCCAUUCCACCUAGUGCAGAUGCGUCCUGGGAGGACAAGUUCGACAAAGGCGCACUGGAAGACCCCGUCAGUCAGCACCAACGAACUUACGCCCAGAGGUACCUGGAGGAAUCCAUAGGGCUGAAGAACCAGAUUCCCAGAGGCGGAGAGAAAGUUGUUCUACCGCAGCAGGUUAUGAAGGAUUACGGUCAAAUGUACAACUACUGGCAAAAUGAAGCCCAGAGGCAGGUUGCUCAAGCUCCAUCAGUUCCUGCUAAUAAUGUGAUAACCGUGGUGAACGGAGAUGUCUUCAGUGCCACUUGCUCCCUGGCCCACUGCGUCUCCGAGGACUUCACGAUGAGUUCUGGCGUGGCUGUGCCUUUCCGCAAACGCUUUGGUCAUGUGGCCGAACUGCUCAACCAGAGGAUAAAAACGGGAGGGGUUGCUGUGCUGAAGAACGGACACAGAUUCAUCUACUACCUGGUCACCAAAGAGUUCUACCUGGCCAAACCUGACGGCACUCACAUCUUGUGGCACAGUCUGGAGGAGAUGAGGGAACACGCAAUGCAGAACGGCGUAGGCGAAAUUGCCAUGCCCAAGAUCGGCUGCGGCAGGGACCAGUUGCAGUGGGCCGAGGUUUCCGAAGCCAUUCAGCAAAUCUUCUGCAAUACUGGAAUCAAAAUCACUGUGUAUCAAAUGGAGGAACCGUCGCUGAGUUGGUCGCGCAAGCGUCCGGCCCCCUUCCCUCCGUCGUUUGCUGUCCCUCCCCCCACCAAGAGGCCCAAUGCUGACUGGUCUGCUCCUGACCCACAGGAGUCGAUUCCUCAACGACCCCUCAUCGUGCAGCACCUCUUCAACUCGAACAUCGUGGACUCGCGGCCGCCCAUUGUCCGCAUCUUCCUGACCUCCUGUCAGUCUUGCCCGCCCGAAGGCGCCGCCGGCCGCCUCAACGCCACCUUCAAGAUCUGGCAUGACCUGAUGCAGAAGGAGCGACCGCUGGGCAGCCACGUGCCCUUGUUCGGGGGCGCCAUCGUCGCCCUGGUCGUCAAGAACGAGGCCAGACACCCCAUUGACUACCAGGCCCUGCACAAGGCCGCCAAGGAUCUGGCCAUCAUGACCAAUGCCAUGGCCAUCAAACGCCUCGUCCUCGAAGGCUUCACCUUGCCUGGAGACAAAGUCGUCACCUUCAAGGUGGUGACCAUCCUGAGGCUGGCCCUGGUGAAUCAGUACAUGACCCUGAACGUGGCCUGGCCAGAGGACCCUCCGUACGCCAACCUGGUCCGAAGUGCCCAGCAAAAUUUCAACAACCAGCAGCAGCAGCCGAAUCAGGGCUCCACCCUCGGCCCUGGCGAGUACGACUAUUAAUAAAGUUAGGUCUCAUCGAAAGUGAGUACAGCCCUCUAGUUAAUAGACUGCUCUAUCUUAUUACGAGUUAAUUAAGCAGAUUUAAUCGUAGAAAUUUGUAUAGUUUACAAAAUGAGGCUGAGAAAUAGCUUUUUUUUUGAAAAAUUAAAUGCCAUAAUUAAUUAAGUAGCUUGUUGAAUACUGUGACUUCGAUUAUAAUUUCAUCAAAAACAGACUGAUCAUGAGUUGAGUCUGAUAAUUUUAUGUCAAAAGAAAAAAAUUUGAUUAAUAAAGAGGUCUUGAAAAAGCUAAAAAAAAAUACAACUUGAAAAGCUCUGUAUUUUCUUACA